GGGUGUAGGCGGGGCCUGGCACGCGCGCGCGGGCUCGUCACUUCCUCUGCGGAGAGCGCUGGCGCCGGGGACGGUCGGGUCGGGUCGGCGCGGCGGUGGCGGGGAGCGGUGCGACGGGACGAUGAGCGACAGCGGGGAGCAGAACUACGGCGAGCGGGAAUCCCGUUCUGCUUCCAGAAGCGGAAGUGCUCAUGGGUCUGGCAAGUCGGGGAGGCACACCCCUGCAAGAUCUCGAUCUAAGGAGGAUUCCAGGCGUUCCAGGUCAAAAUCUAGAUCCAGGUCUGAAUCCAGAUCUAGAUCAAGGAGGAGUUCCCGUAGACACUACACAAGAUCACGCUCUCGUUCCCGCUCUCAUAGGAGAUCCAGAAGUAGGUCUUACAGUCGGGAUUAUCGGCGACGACACAGUCACAGCCAUUCACCCAUGUCUACUCGCAGACGUCAUAUUGGAAACAGGGCAAAUCCUGACCCAAAUUGUUGUCUUGGUGUGUUUGGAUUGAGUCUGUACACCACAGAAAGAGAUCUGAGAGAAGUUUUCUCCAAGUAUGGUCCAAUUGCUGAUGUUUCCAUUGUGUAUGAUCAACAGUCUCGGCGUUCGAGAGGAUUUGCAUUCGUGUACUUCGAAAACGUUGAGGAUGCUAAGGAAGCAAAGGAACGUGCCAAUGGAAUGGAGCUGGAUGGAAGAAGGAUCCGGGUAGACUUCUCCAUAACAAAAAGACCUCACACACCUACCCCUGGAAUCUAUAUGGGAAGACCCACUUAUGGCAGCUCACGACGACGAGAUUACUAUGACAGAGGGUAUGACAGAGGAUAUGAUGAUCGUGACUAUUACAGCAGGUCAUACAGAGGAGGUGGUGGUGGCGGAGGAGGAGGAUGGAGAGCUGUUCAAGAUAGGGAUCAGUUUUACAGGAGGAGAUCACCAUCCCCGUAUUACAGCCGAGGGGGCUACAGAUCUCGAUCCAGAUCUCGAUCCUAUUCACCUCGUCGCUAUUAAAGCAUGACACAUAGAGGAAUUUCUAGCUACAGCCUUUGAGUUGAAAUUGCAACUUUGUGGACAAUAUUUUUAUUGUCUCUUCUGUUUAAACAAGUGAACAGUGCCUAGUGAAUAGGUGACUUUUACACCUUUGAUGAAGACUACUUCUGUGGUGUUAAAUGCUGUUUCAUUCUGCGUAUUUGUGUAGUUUGGUGCUUUGUUUCAAGCUGUGUUUCAAAAGGGGUAUGUUUUGCAUGUAUUUUUUUUAGUCUCAGUUUUGACUCCUGAAAGGUUUCUAUUGUAAAGACAAACUGUUCAGUUAGUUUUUUCUACUGAUUCCAAGGUAUUCUGAAGAUCAAAACCUGUGUAAAAUGCUUUCAAAAAGUGAAAAAUAAAAAGAAGUUUGUUUUUUCUUUUCCUACUUAA